GUCAAUCCUGCUUGGCCUGGGGUUGCAAUUUUGCUGCUUCGGCCUUUGCUCCUACGUAUGGUUUCCAGCGACCAGAUAGGCUCUGCGGCCGACUGGAUCGGAGAAGGGGGAAAGGGGGUCCGACCAGGGAUGAUGAGCAGGUCGUGGCUAGCUGCUGGGAUUACCUGCAGCUGGCUGUACUGUACAUACUUGUUGUAUACAAGCAAGUGCUGCUGCCAUAGAAGCGCCCCAUGCGCCUCUUUUUUUCAUUCUGCUUGGUGGCAUGCGGUGGCAUGUGAGGCGCACCGUGCUCCUGCAGCAGUCAAAGCAUGAAACGGUGGUUGGCCGGCUUCAAGAAGAUGACCACAGAUAAUCAGGAGCUUGAUUUGGUUUUAGCGCUGAAUGCCUUGUCUUGUGAACUGGCCGAGAAAAGUGAC